AUGCCUCGUAGUAGAUCACGUGAUCGUAGGCGUCGUUCACGUUCUCGUUCGCGUGACGAGCGCCGUGAUCGCGAUAGGCGUUAUCGCAAAGAUAAGGAUCGCAGACGAAGACGUGAUUCGGAUCAUUCCGCUUCCGAUAAUGAAAUCGAAUCGCUGUUAAGAAGAGAAAAACGCGGGAACGGUAGCUCAAAUUCACCAUCCACAUCCACGUCACUAGGAGCGUUGGUAAGCGAAUUAGGAGCUGGGGUGAAAUUUGAUGCAUCGCAGCUAAGUCAAGCAGCUAAGGAAUGGUUGGAUGCACGGGUUACAGAACAGGUGAGUGCAAGAGUAGCUGAUUUGGAAUCCUUGGUUCAGGAACGUGUUGCCAAGGCACGCGCAGACCUGGAAUCCAGAUUGCGUUCACAGAUUGAGCAGGAAAUGAUGCACGAGGUGGAAGAAAGUCGAAAAAGAGAGGAAGAAUCCAAAAAGCGAUGCAUAGAACUUGAAGAAAGUUUGGAGAAGAAAAUGAAGGAACUGGAGGAAACGGAGAAGAAAUUGAAACAAGAACGCUUAUUAAUGUUGGAAACAAAGAGCAAACUGGAAAUGGAACGAAAUGCGUUGAUUCAGGAACGUGAAAUGUUAACCAAAAGUGAGCAACAAGCGAUACUGAAUAAAGGUGGAACAAUGAGGGCGCCAAUCAAGUUGAAGCUCGGCUUUAAAUGA